GGUCUCAGUUCAAUAUAUCUAUGGUCUCAGUAUCCCUUCGGUCAUUUUAAAAGAAGAUUGAAUGAGAGGUGGUCGUAGAGCUACCCGGUCAAACGGAAUUUUGAUUUAUAGCAGCUUGAAUAAACAAAUCGUAGUGAAAAAAAUUCUGUACGGCUAGCAAUGAAUCACUUGUAGAACAAAAUUAAUCUCCCCCAAUUAUGAAUUCAUGUGUAUAAUGCCUAUGCAUACUAAUAUCUAUAUCGAAUAAUAAUUUUUUGCUCACACGUUACUAUCGCCACGAUAACUCAAUUAAUCGCUGUUGAAAUAUCAGCAAAGUGUGGUCCAGCAUUUAUUCGUAUCACAUACACACCUCGUGUUCAUAUGGUUUUCUUACUGCCGCCUGGCUGAAAUAUGCUUAUCAUCGUGUUCAGCCGUCGCAGACAACGCGGAUCUUGUAAGAUCAUCUAAUAAUUACCGGCCGUGAAGUUGUUACUUCACACUCAUCUAUUCGGAAGAUCGUCGAUGAUUUUUUAUUCCCUAAUAACUCAUAAAUUUCCAGCAUUCUAGGUGGGAAGUUUGCGCGUACAAGCGACGUAAAAAAAAAUAAUAAUUACAGCGAAAUCUUUUAUAAAUCAUCGGCUGUAAUACACUUGAUAUUUUUUACCGAUCAGUCCGAGAAUUUCGAAAAACAAAAAAUAUCACACCUAUGUACGAUCGUCGCGAAGUUGUCAAAUUGACGGUGAAUCGUUUUUAUCAAAUGGAGCGCGUUCAUUUCUCGACUAAAGUGCAAUUCAUUCGCUAACGUUAAAUAAUUCGUAAAAUUUAUUCAUCUGGCUACAGGUUGACUCGAUCCGAUCGACGUAAUGACUUCUAAACCCGUCGUAUGGCAUCCUGCGGUUCUCGUGCGACCCACGGAUAACAUUUUAUCGUCCGAAAUGGUUCGAUUGAAGCGCUUCGAGCCAUCUUACGAAAAGUCAGUUCAGCGGGUUAUCCAUGUAUAAAUAUUUAUUUUGCAGUUGGCGGUAAUUUUUUUUCUCGUUCAAUAUUUCAACGAAAUUGAAAGGAUUGACCCAGGCGCGUAAAAAUUCAUGCUCCAAUUUCUAUCGUCGAAUAAUUGUGGGAAAAAAAUCAUCUUCCAUCAAACAAACAAACAUACGUCAGCAGCUCGAACGAUUCUUUUCUCUGCCAUAAUUCGAACAUAAUGUAUCCGCAUAAAUGCCCAGAGGCAAAUUGCAGUUGAUCCGUCCGCGUUCACGGAUCUGCAAUAAGGAUAUGUUUUCCCCACUUAUGCACAUAUCGUGUAUCUUUCUUUUUUAACAUUGCUCUCCGAGCCAUUUUUGUUACAUUGAGGCGACAUGGCAUGGAAACGAAUUUCUGCUCUACUUUCCAGAGAAUCUCGGCAUAGCAUGACCAAAAUAAUCCAGAACGAGUACGCGCGAAUUUGGGAACGAGAUAGGAAAUUUUGGGCGAAUUUACAUCUGCCAGCUACCGGUACCAACGUCAAAAGGACCAACGUUCUCCUCUUGCGCAAAGUGGUCAAUACGAAUUUGCGAAAGAAACAAGAAUGUCCGGAGCAGUAUCGAAGCAAAGCUGAGUACAGACGCAAACUGAAACUCACGAAUCAGCGCGCUGAUCAUGCAGCUCGUAAGAUGAAUAAGAUUCAAUAAUCGGGCGACAAACUGUCAAACAAGUUUUAUGACGAUCGGUGUGUCGAUCGCAAUCAAAAUUAUUAGACUCGAGUGUUUGUAAAAAAAUUUUUGCCAACAUUUACAUGAUAAAGUCGAGGGAUUAGAUGUACCGAACGAAUGUACGAACAUGUUUUACAGCACAUUUCACCAAAAAUUUGAGUUGGUUUUUGGUUUUUUUUCCCAAAUAUUGACAGAGGUUUUUGAAUAUUUACGAACUAUGAAUAAUGCAUUCGGGCAAGUAUACAAUACGGCAUUUUAUUGCUUUUUCAAGUGGUCGAAUGUGAGAUAAAAGUCAAUCGAUAAUUGAAAAAGAGUAUCACGGUAUCAUCGAAGUGUAAGAUCUGGUCAUAACUGACACAGGCUCGACCCUUUCAAAACCUCAAUUUUAAAUCAAUCUUCAGACGGAAUUAUUAUCCGUACGGUGUAUACCUCGGUGUAUUCUGAAAAGAUAUUCUCUCGUCCUUAGCAAAGUGACAAAAGUCACGAAGAUCCGCUUGAAAACUAUACAUACUCAUAAACGUAUACAUGCAUCUACAGGGUUAUCCAUGAAGGCAUGUUAAACACUAAACAACUAAUCGCAUGUGGACCACUUUCACUUUUCCAUACAGCAGCAUCCAUUCAGACGAAUUCAACUCUUCGACUAGAUGAAACUGUAAGGCACAUAGUUA